AUGACUGAACCAUCCGAAGUCAUAACAGCAGUUGAGUUCCUGGCCAAAACAGCAGGCAUCAUCGACACAAUCAGAACAAAUCUUCUCCAUAACCGACUCGACAGGAGAGAAUUCCAAAGACUCCUCAGUGAAUAUUCCAAUCGUGCCGAAUCAGAUGGAAAAUUGAUGAAUGCCGCAAGACAAGAGCCUCACUGCGCUAAUCGAGGCUUAUUCCUUGCCUACAAUCAUAUGGAAUGUCUAUCCUGGCUGGAUAAACAUAACUACACUAUCCCUUCAACUUCGGUGAAAUGGUACAGCUGGAAGCAGAUUCUGGGCAAGAACCGGAUCCCGAGUUUUUUGAGCUCGUCCCCGACGGUCGAGCUACGGGUGUUGAUGAAGAAUAUUGAGCGCACUGCUGCUCUGGUUUGUGCGGACCUUAAGGCUCAUAAUAUCUCUAUUCCGGAAACUUCUGUCAAAUAUCUUGAUGUGCCGGUCGGUGAGCAUGUUGCUACGCCGCCAACUGAAGCUUACGAGGACCUCCUUGCUCGGGGUAUUGCUGCCCAGAAACGUCUUGCAGGGGCAAAGGUGGAAGGAAUGACUGAGAAAUGA